UGAAUCGACUGACUGAGCGACAACUCGCAAAGGUCCCUCACCGGCUCAACCUGUAUUUGGGUCUCAACUGAGGUAUCUGUCGCUCUCCUAAGUACCUUUCUUCGUAUCGUAUCAGUCAAAUCCUUUUUCUAAGCCACGCGAUCUUAGUAUGGAUUAGUCAUUGUUAUAUCGCCUACUCCGCUCUCGAUUCUUGUCCAGCUGUCGUUCACUUCUCACAAACAUGGCUGAUUCUGAAACCACCCCUCCCGCCACUAACGGCGCACAAAAGGCUCGUCCAGAAAAGCCCGACGAGGCCAAGUUCAAGGCUGAUGUAGCAAAAGCCGAGAAGGAGCACGAAGCGGCUCAAGCCAGAUUUCAAGCUGCCAAGAGCAAGUUCGACACUGCUCGGCCUGGAAAGUCUUCUCCUGCGAACGAUCGAUUUCGAGAACUUGUCGAGGAACAAAAGGUCAUUCGCCAGAAGCAGCAGGAGCAUAAGGUAGGCAAGGCUGGGCUUCAAGAGAAAUACAACAAGAAUGAGUCCGAGAUCAAGAAAUGGAUCGCCGAGCAGAAGGAUGUCCGCUCUCGAGCUGGCUUCAAGAGCGCCGAUGAGAUCGAUGCAAAGGUUGCCAGUCUCACUAAACAAGUUGACUCGGGCAACAUGAAGUUGGUGGACGAAAAGAAGGCUCUCGCCGAGAUCUCCUCCCUCAAGCGACAGAAGAAGACCUUCUCCGGUCUGGAUGACUUGCAGAAGAAGAUUGACGAGAAGAAGGCCGAGAAUGCCGAGCUCCGAAAAUCGUUCGACAACCAGGAAACUCGGGAGCUGUCGCAGAAGUAUGAGAACAACCAAAAGGAACUUGACGACAUCAAGGCUACUCGAGAAGAUGCCAACAAGAACAUUGACAACCUUAGGGCAGAGAAGGACCAACGCUACCAGGAGCAAACAGUUACCUGGGAAGCGAUCAAAUCGGUCAAGGACGCCUACCAUGCUCAACGCAAGGCCUACAAGGAGUACGAAGAUCAACUCUACCAACAGCGACGUGAACGCCAGAAGGCUGAACGUGAGGCCUACGAGAAGGAAAAGCGCCGUCGUGUUGCCGAGCAGAAACUGGAGGAGGCUAGUGAACCCGCCUUCUUGGACGAAAUCCGUACCGCGGAAGGACUUAUCCGCCAUUUCGAUCACUCAUACGCUGCCGAGGGUGGCGAGAAAGGACCAGGUCAAUUUGCAGCCACUGCUCAACGCACUGUCGACGAGUCUGGUUUCAAGGGUAUGAAAGUGAUGAAGAAGGACGACGAAGACUUCUUUGUUGGCGGUGGAGGUAAAAAGAAGGGCAAGGGUAAGAAGGGCGGUGCGACAUCAUCUACCGAGGGACCUUUGAACUUGAACGUUGGCAUCUUUGAGGAGCUUGCCAAGGUCGGCGUUGACCCACCAAGCAGCCAAGCAGACGUUCCUGGAGUUGUCGACAAAUUGAAGGCAAAAGUGGCUACUUGGAAGGAGGGUCAAAAGGCCCAGACGGAAAAGAACAUUGAGAAAGCCCGCAAGGAAAUCGAGAAACUUGAAGUGGACGGCACUGAAGCCCCAGCUGCUGCCGCAUGAAUUCUAUAUAGCACGGGAACAGAAAAAACCUGAGAGCCUUCUACUAGCUACAUCCUAAAGAAUCCCGAUGUUCACAGCAUUGGACACCGGAGAUAUCAUUCAUAAUGGAAGAUUGAAACCG